AUGUCUCUGUCAGACGGAAAUAACAGCGGGGCCAUUUUCACCCUCUUGGGCUUCUCAGAUUACCCAGAACUGAAAGUCCCUCUCUUCUUGAUAUUUUUCACUAUCUAAACGGUGGUAGGCAACAUCGGCAUGAUCCUCAUCAUCAGAAUUAACCCCAAACUGCACACCCCCAUGUACUUCUUCCUCAGCCACCUCUCCUUUGUGGAUUUCUGCUAUUCCUCCAUUGUUGCUCCAAAGAUGCUGGUAAAUCUAGUUAUAAUAGACAGAACCAUAACAUUUUUAGGGUGUUUGGUGCAGUUCUUUUUUUUCUGUACUUUUGUGGUAACUGAAUCUUUCUUAUUAGGAGUGAUGGCUUAUGACAGGUUUGUGGCCAUCUGUAACCCUCUACUCUAUACAGUAGCCAUGUCUCAGAGGCUCUGUGCCUUGCUGGUGUUAGGAUCCUAUGCUUGGGGUGUAGUGUGUUCCUUGAUACUGACUUGUUCUGCUCUGAGAUUAUCUUUUCGUGGUUUCAACAUGAUCAACCACUUCUGUGAGUUCUCGUCUCUCCUUUCACUUUCAUGUACUGACACAUCUGUCAGCCAAUUUUUGCUUUUCAUUUUUGCCACUUUUAAUGAGAUCAGCACACUCCUUAUCAUUUUCUUGUCCUAUGUGCUCAUUGUUGUUACCAUUCUGAAGAUGAAUUCAGCCAGCGGACGGCGCAAAGCCUUCUCCACUUGUGCUUCCCAUCUGACAGCCAUAACCAUCUUUCAUGGCACAAUCCUAUUCCUAUACUGUGUGCCCAACUCCAAGAACUCCAGGCACACCGUCAAAGUGGCUUCUGUAUUUUACACAGUGGUGAUUCCCAUGCUGAAUCCCUUAAUCUAUAGUCUGAGAAAUAAGGAUGUCAAGGACACAGUAAGAAAAAUAAUAGACACUAAAGUCUUUUCUUCUUGA